CUAAAAAAGAGUAAUUUUUGUCUUGGAAGAAAAAAAAAAUCACCUAAUAUAAUCGUCCGACUUUCUCUUGUUCGAUUAUCCGUUCUUCUUUCUAUCUUUCCUUCUCUCAUCAAAAAAACAAAAAAGACUCUUUUUUUCCUCAAGAAUUUUCCUGAGAAAAUUAAAUCCUUGUCCAUAACCCCGAUCCAUAGAUCAUCACCCAAAUUCUUGCCAAUAAAUUCGUUCCAUUUAGAUUCUUUUUCCCAUAUUCUCUUUUUAUUGGGCAAUCAAAAUCUACCCUUUUUUUCUUUAAUACUAUUAAGUGUUAUCUCUAAAAAAAGCACAACUAUUUUUCUCAAUAAAAAAAAAAACUCAACUUUUCUCUUUUCUUUUUUUUUUCCCACCUAGAAAUAUAGCUUGAUGAUCCCAAAACGCUUGUUUUGGUUCACUAAUUAAUGGUUAUUCCGUAGUUUUCAGUCAAGUUUUCUCUCUUUGUAUAUCCCUCUAGUCACUAAAAGGGUUAACAAUUUUUGUUUUGAAUUUCUGGAGGGUUUUAUAAGGAUUUUAGAAUCUGGGUUUUGAUUUUUGGAGUUGAUAGAUAAGAAUUUUGAUGGAUCUGAGUGUCAGUUUAAAGAGGAAUGUUUUGAGUCAAUUUCUGUGUUGAAAGUCAAUUUUUUCUAUAUUGGUAAAGUGAAAUAAGAGGGGAGUUUUUUUUUUAUUAUUAUUGUGGUAAAUUUAAGUAAGAUUGGAUCAUGGAGCAUAUUAUUGGUGGAAAAUUCAAGCUUGGUGGAAAGAUCGGGAGUGGAUCGUUUGGUGAACUUUAUUUAGGCGUUAACGUACAAAGUGGAGAGGAAGUGGCUGUUAAGCUGGAAUCUGUUAAGACCAAGCACCCUCAACUUCACUAUGAGUCAAAGCUGUACAUGCUUCUUCAAGGAGGGUUUGCAGCGGGUAUUCCUCAUCUAAAAUGGUUUGGAGUCGAGGGUGAAUACAAUGUUAUGGUCAUUGAUCUUCUUGGACCAAGCCUAGAAGACUUAUUCAACUAUUGCAAUCGGAAAUUUUCUUUAAAAACAGUUUUGAUGCUUGCAGAUCAGAUAAUAAAUAGAGUUGAGUAUAUGCACACUCGUGGUUUUCUUCACCGUGAUAUAAAGCCCGAUAACUUUUUGAUGGGUUUAGGGCGCAAAGCAAAUCAGGUAUAUGUAAUUGAUUAUGGCCUUGCAAAAAAGUAUAGGGAUCUUCAAACACACAAGCACAUACCAUACAGGGAAAACAAGAAUCUUACAGGAACAGCUCGAUAUGCGAGUGUUAACACUCACCUUGGAGUUGAGCAAAGCAGGAGGGAUGAUCUGGAAUCUCUAGGUUACGUGCUUAUGUACUUUUUGAGGGGAAGCCUUCCAUGGCAGGGCUUGAAAGCUGGCACCAAAAAACAGAAAUAUGACAAGAUUAGUGAAAAGAAGAUGCUUACUCCCAUAGAGGUCCUAUGCAAAUCAUAUCCUUCUGAGUUCACUUCAUACUUUCAUUAUUGCCGAUCACUACGGUUUGAAGACAAACCAGAUUAUUCAUACCUGAAGAGGCUGUUUCGGGACCUUUUUAUUCGAGAAGGUUAUCAGUUUGACUAUAUAUUUGAUUGGACAAAACUGAGAUAUCCACAGGUUGGCUCUAGCUCAAGAGUACGGCCAAGCCCAAAGCCAGGUUUAAAUCCGCCAGGAGUACCUGCUGAAAGAAAAGAAAGGCCUUCAGUUGGCCAAGAGAUUCGAGAAAAGUUCUCUGGUGCAGUUGAGGCAUUUGCAAGACGGAACGGCUCUGGGCAUGGUUUGCACGGUGUUCAGUCUAGAUACAGAUCCUCAGGUGAUGUGCCAUCAUCCAUGGAUGUGCCUAAUUCUGAAAGGGCUCGCUUCUCCUCGAGAAAUGAUAUCACUUCAAAGAGGCCAGUCAUAUCAGGCAGCCGACCUAGCUCCUCUGGUGAACCUAGUGAGAACCGGUCUAGUAGAUUGGUCUCAAGCAGUGGUCGCCUGUCAACAACUCAGAGAGACCAACCUGGUUUUGAAUCCAAAUCAUCAUCUUUUAAUAGUACUGCAGCCAUAAGAGGUGGUCGUGACGAUACCCUUCGGAGCUUCGAGUUUUUGACAAUAGGGAGUGGGAAAAGGAAAUAAAUGGCAUAGGCAUCUAUUAGGAAGGAUUUGCUUGUGUUUAGAGUACACAAUUUCCCUAUUCUAGUUUCUAAUGGAGAUCUCGGCACAAUAAUGGUAUUUACAAACAGUUACUCUGUACACCUGUGUCCAUUGUUCGAUUCCAUCCACAACAAUCUCCCCAAAGAAGUUUAUCCUCGGAAAACUUUUGGACUCCUUCCUCUUGUACCCUUAUCACAUAUUCUUGCUAUUAUGAUGCCUCUAUUAAGGAAAGAGAUAAAUGAUCUCACUUCAGGGAAAAUUUUCAAAUAUGUCCAACAUUCUAGCUGUAAUGAACACUUUUGAUGUUUCUUUCUUUCACCAGAAGCAAAAGAGAACUAUGCCUAAAAGGUCUAUUGUAGCAAAAGACUUUGUGGCUGUCAUCUGCUUACUCUGUUUAUAUCCUCACAUUUUAUGUAACCAUCAUCUGUAAGAAGAGUGUUGUUUCUGAUUUUAGUAUUACAAUGUUGCAGUGAUUAUAAUAACAUGAGCUGCAUAAAGAUCUCUGCUCUUUAAAGUGACAGAAGGCUUUGUUUGAGUAGCCUUUAUCAUCAUUUUGCCACCCUUGAAAAUGCCAGAUCAGCCUAGCUUAUAACACCUAACCCAAAGUAAAGGGGAGUAAGGGGAGGAUUUGUCUCUUUCAAAUGGCAUCAAUGAUUGAACAUAGCUUUGGUAUUUGCCUAGACUAAAAAUGUGGGGAUUGACUGGCUGACAUCCCCAAACAAUUGAGCCGCU